CCCCGGCACGUCCUGCGCAGCCGGGCCAUGGAGAGGCUGGAGGUGACAGAGACCUUCGCUGGCAUCGCCCUUCCCGGGCACCUCCACACCAAGGAGUCCCUGCAGUUCGCCACCACCUUCCCCUUCCGUGACACCGACGUGGUCAUCGUCACCUACCCCAAGUCGGGCACCACGUGGAUGCAGGAGAUCCUGACGCUGCUGUACAGCCGUGGGGACGCACUGCCGGCCAAGACCAUCCCCAACUGGGAGCGGGCGCCCUGGCUGGAGCAGAUCCACUUCAGGGGCGCACUGCGGGACACGGCCGCGCACCGCCUCAUCACCAGCCACUUGCCCGCCCGCGUCCUGGCCCCCCUGCUGCAGCGGAGCAAGGCCAAGGUGAUCUACGUGGCCAGGAACCCCAAGGACGUCGUCGUCUCCUUCUACUACUUCCACCACCUGGCCAAAUUCCUGCCCGACCCCGUCUCCUUCGAUGCCUUCCUCCAGCAGUUCCUCGAGGGCACUGUGCACUACGGCUCCUGGUUCGACCACGUCAGGGGCUGGCUGGGCCAGCGGCAGCUCCUGGACAUCUUCUACGUCACCUACGAGGAGCUGCACCAGGACCUGCGGGGCACGGCGCAGCGGCUCAGCACCUUCCUGGGCUGCCCGCUGGGGCCGGAGACGCUGGAGGCCCUGGAGCAGCACUGUAGCUUCGCCGCCAUGCGGGACAACGCCAUGGCCAACUACACCCUCAUCCCCCGCGAGAUCAUGGACCACAGCCAGGGACGCUUCAUGCGCAAAGGCGUGGUGGGGGACUGGCGCGACCACUUCUCCCCGCUGCAAAACGCCCUCUUCAACCGCGUCUACCAGGAGCAGAUGCGUGACGUUGAGCUCAGCGUCCACUGGUCCAUGGUGUGAGGGCUGGGGGCCCUGACCCCGUAACUUACAGACCCUUGGGGCCGGAGGUGGCGAUGGGAAGCAGCUGCUCCGUGUCCCGUCCAGGGGAUGUUUCCACCACCGUCCCCAGGGCCAUCCUGCCCUUCGGUGGCCCUGACCCUCUCCUUCCUCCGGCCCCGCAGGAAGCAGAGCCCCGCUCAGGAAAGAAUAAAUAUUUAUUGCCAUUCC